CACGCUGCAGAGAGCAGAGGUUUUGCUGAGCCCCCCCUUGCGUGGAUCUGAGUGAGUGAAUGGGUUCGCCUCACUGUGUGUGGUGCUGAAGUGGGUCAUGCGGACCACUGGAGGAGCGGAAGAUAAACACGCACCCUCCUCCCGCUGCUUGGCAGGUUGAGAUGGUGGGCGCUCAGAGGAGGGAUCCCAGCCUGUGUCCUCAUCCCAGCCUCCAGCAUCAGAUGAUGCUUUGAUUUAAUCCGCCUCCGAGGAAAGUCACAAACUGAAGAGCAGAUUUUCACAAACAGGACAGGAAUCUUCUUCAAGAACAACGAGAUCUCAACAGAGCUUUGUGUCAGCUGUGAAACUGCAAGGUUUCUGUUUGUUUUUUUUACGUACCAAUACCUGAUCGAUAACUUCCCCAUCAAACGAGGAGAUCCAUUCGUCGGUUUCCUGCAGACCCUUGGCGGAGCGCAGAAGCUCUGCUCGCCGAGCGGAUGCAGGACCAUGGAGGAGAGAGACAGGUCGCCAGCAGUCUGCCCCACAGCGUCAAGGCGAGCCUGUCUCUUUCUCCAUCUGGGCCGGGACGGGUCGGCAGCGGUGGCGGCUCCCCUACGUCCAAGAUGGGCUACUGCGGGGGGGUCCCUGUGGAGGACAUGCAGGCGCUGGCCAUCACCUCUCUGUCGGCAGCAGAUGUAUCCAAACAGUAUGAGCACAUCCGUGAGCUGGGGAAGGGCACGUACGGCAAAGUGGACCUGGUGGCACACCGGACACAGGGUACCAAAAUGGCGCUGAAGUUCGUUACCAAGAACAAGACGAAGCUCAAGAGUUUUCUGCGGGAGUACAGUCUGACAGGCUCACUCAGCUGCAGCCCUUUCAUAAUCAAAGUCCUCGACGUGCUCUUUGAGACGGAAGACAGCUAUGUGUUUGGACAAGAAUAUGCCCCCGCCGGGGACCUUUUCGACAUCAUUCCCCCACAGGUGGGUCUGCCCGAGGAAAUGGUCAAACGCUGCAUGCAACAACUGGGCUUGGCGCUGGACUUUAUGCACAGUAAAAAUCUGGUGCAUCGGGAUGUCAAGCCUGAGAAUGUGCUCCUAUUCGACCGCGAGUGCCGCCGCAUUAAACUGGCAGACUUUGGUAUGACAAGACGCGUGGGGUGCCGUGUGAAACGGGUGAGCGGCACCAUCCCCUAUACGGCGCCAGAGGUGUGCCGGGCUAGCCGUGCCGAGGGCUUCCUUGUGACCACCAGUCUUGACGUGUGGGCCUUUGGUGUUCUGGUCUUCUGCAUGCUGACUGGGAACUUCCCAUGGGAGGCAGCGCUGCCGGCCGACGCCUUCUACGAGGAGUUUCGGCGCUGGCAGAAAGCAGGUUGCCCCGUGGGGACGUACCCGUCUCAGUGGCGCCGCUUCACCGAUGAUGCGUUGCGUAUGUUUCAGCGGCUUCUCGCUGCAGAGCCGGAAAAACGCUGCGGCGUCAAGGACGUCUUCUGCUUUGUGAAGUACGAGCUGGUCAGCGAGCUCAGGCGUAGGGCGUCUUGCCGAGCCAAGAGGGGUGAGAGGUCGAGCUCGGGAGUGUGCACCGGCAGUUGCACUUCCUCCUCGACCUCCACUACGUCCCGUUCCUCCCACAGACACCCUGAGCCCUCCACCCCUCCGGGAACAUCCUGCCUGCGCCCGGCACCGCUCAAACGCAGCGUCCUGUCCGACCCGCUGUCUCCCAGAGAGGAGUCUGGGCAGCACCAGUCUCCAGGCAGAGACAAAAACAAAAGCCAGAUGGUGAUGGCAACCGCCAUUGAAAUCUGUGUGUGACCACAGUACUUUAAGCAUGACAGAGAAGCUCAGGAUCACAUCUCCGGCUGUGGAAAUGGACAUCAUCAAUCAGCGGUACACACGUGGACAGCUCAUCGCUGUCACAUGCCGUUUAGGUUUUGAUUUGUGACCAAAGACUGCUUCCCAAGCUGAGAAGCCGUUAUAGAGUCCGCUGAUGUUGCUACUCCAUCCAGACAUUUGUGUUUUCUGCCCAUACACUGUGGUGGUGCUAAUGAUUCUAUAAUUAGAUACAUAAAAAAAACUGUCUUUCUCACUCGUCACUCCAUGUCUCUUUACUUGUAUUUACAUUACGUCUCUUUACUAGUGUUUAUUUAUCUCAGAGUUGAAGCUCCGGGGAGGCCCAAACUUUAUCUGAUCUGGCGAUGCCGUUCAGUCGGAGGCCGGUGAUCUGAGGGCAAAUCUACGCAACUUCAUCCGACUGCCAUUUCUCAGACUUCCUACCAACUCCAAAUGCAUAAAAUUAGUCUUAUAAAGAGAAAACAAGAAGAAAAAAGAAACCUUGAUGUAGCAGUUUGUAUGGGCUGUCUUUUCAUGGACGUGUCUAGACUUAGAGACAGAUUCUCAGAGAUAGAGAUCGCCUCAGGACACUUCACUGGGUCACUUCCUGUUUUAUUAUUAAUGGAAAUCCAUUGACUGGCUGAAAAACACACAUCUGCCACUUUUGAACUGCUCUCAUUGAGACUUAUUUCCAAUGUAACUAAAACGAGUACAGGGAUUGUGCAUUUUCUGGGUGAAAAAGGUGGUGAACAAAGAAGAGGAGAAGAGAUUUCUUUUUUAAUGUUUCUUUUCUACCUGCUGUGUGUGUUUGGAUGUGUAUGUGUGUGUGUUUCAAAUGCUAAAGCACAAGAUUUUUGUAAAGAAGGAGAACUCUCAGUGGAAACUAUGACUCUAUAUUGUAAAUAAUUUGAUAUUUCUAGGAGUGCACCGUAUUAUCAGGUAGUUCAAUUAUGUAGCAGUACUAAUUUUCUACGAUGGGGAAAGGGGUUUUACAGUUACUGUCGGGGCAAAGCACUGUAUGUAGCAACAAAAUAUGACAGAAUGUACAGUAUAUCACAAGAAAUUAAAUAUAUAGAAAAAUGUUCUAGAGCCUAUUACAAUGUAUAACAUGGUAGCAGUGGCUGUUCUCUUUUUUCUUUCUUGUUUUGGGUUUUAUCUGAACUGAAAUGAGCUUUCUUGACACACAAAUUGGUGAAUAGAUGCCACUCAUUUUACUGUCACCAUCAUUUUAUCAUUACAUCAUCCAGUAAAGUCAUCGUGCUUCCUGGUUGUCAACAAGUACAGCCCAUUCUGUCUUCAUUAAACCAGUUUCAUGUACCGAGAGGCUGCUUUGGAAGUCGGCAGCUUCACAAAUUAAAUUCCCACAAAAGGUGUUCCAAUAUUUGAUAAUCAAGUUGCAACAUGAGCACACAGUAUCGACUGCUCGGAACAUGCUGUUGCACCCACUGUGCUCACCUUUAAUUUAAUCUUCCUGCCUCUCUCUGGGAAUUCAUCCAAAUGUAUCUCUUGAAUAACAGAGCCCAGGUGUUUAUUAUCUGAAAGGAUGACCUCUGUGUCAGCUAUUGAUGUUCUGUUCUGUUGAUUGACCCUGACCAGUGCUCAGCUACAGCUACAGCUUCCAAAGAGAUGCUGCUAAUUAUUCAGCAUCUAAAAAACAGACUGUGUUCAAUGCGAAUGUUUCAGUGCUCACUCAUUACCAUUAUUUGUCUGGCUUGCAUUGCGUUACUGUUUUGUCUGUCAGGUGUGUGUGUGUGUGUGUGUUUGUCUUCACUUUUCCUAUUUCUCCACUCCUCCCAUGACAGCCCAUCAGCUCUGUUGCUGUAGUGACAGUGCCGGUGCUCCUCUGGCUCGCCUUCUGUCGUCUUCUUGAAAAUCAAGUCUAAUUGAGCCCAAAUGAAACAACUGGUCACCAACCUUCCUCCCAGUCACCCACAGCUCCUCAUGGCAGUUGCUUAGCUUAUUAUACUGGAUGACACAUUUCUGCACAUACACAUUUUCCUGUAUUUUAUGAGCUCGUUCACAGGACAAAGUCUUCAUCUAGACUUAUCAGGCAUAAACUGUUGAUUGCUGCCAUCAUUUUCCUUGUCCCUUCCCAUCCUUACUCUUGAUUCUGCAAAGGUGACCUGAUUAAGGGUGAUGACUUGUCAAAGGGAUGUAUUGUAUGCUGAGAUGUGGCUGUCUCAUAGGAUCUGUCAAACGCUAAUCCAUCAGUAGAUUGUGGUAGAAUGUGAGUUAGCCCUGCCCUUUGUCUUGCUAUUCUGUUUUAUGUGAAAAUGAAGGGUCUACAUAGGGGGAAAAGACAGGGAUUAGAUGGACAGUGUGCAAAAGGUAAAAUAAAGUCAUGCAACUCAACAUAAUGCAAAAUAAUGUAACUUAAUGAAACGUGAUGUAACUUACAGCAAAACGUUACGUAACCUAACAUUAUGUAUCCUGCUUCAUAACAUGACAUGACCCAUCAUGACACAUUAUAACAUGACUCAUUAUAACAUGACAUAUUACAUAAGGCAUCAUAACAUAAGGCAUCAUAACAUAAGGCAUCAUAACAUGACGCAUCAUAACAUGACGCAUCAUAACAUGACGUAUCAUAACAUGACCCAUCAUAACAUGUUGCAUUAUAAAAUGACAUAUAACAUGACAUAUACCAUGACGGCUCAUAAUAUUACGCAUCAUGACAUAUGGCAUCAUAACAUGACAUAUAAAAUGACGCAUCAUAACAUGACGCAUCAUGACAUGACCCAUCAUGACGCAUUAUAACAUGACAUAACAUGGCACAUCAUAACAUGGCACAUCAUGACAUGAUCCACCAUGACGCAUUAUAACAUGACAUAUAACAUGACUCAUCCUAACAUGAUGCAAUAUGACACGACGCAUCAUGAUAUGACAUGACACAUCAUGACACAUUAUAACAUGGCAUAACAUGACUCAUCAUUCCAUGACUCAUCAAAACAUGAUGUUUCAUGACAUAUUAUAACAUGGCGGAUCAUAAUAUGAUGUUUCAUGUCACAUGGCACAUCAGACCAGUACAUAAUCAGAACAUGAGGCAUCAUAACACACAACAUUACAUGACACAACAUUAUGUAACUGAUGUAUAUAUGUAGCCCCCAUCAUGACAAGUCUCACAGCGUGUGGCUUUGUUAAACAUUAUAGCUCUUAACAUCAUUAGAUUACUAUCAGUUGUUGCAAUAAGCAACACUGUUUAUCAUGGACUGUUAUGACAGGAAUUGUCAAGUUUAAUGAUGAGGUGUCAAAUUAUGAAGUUCUACUACUACAUUUUCAAGUUUCACUGAAACUCUAGAGAGUAGCCUUCUGUUUACCCUGUCUAUCCUGAUCCAAUGAUCAAACUGUUUUCUGCCAGCAAGUGUUGUUGUAGAAUCUAAUGUAAAUACUGUAUGUACUGUGUCUUUAACAAAACAAGAAAAGAAGAAACAAAAUGUUAAUAUAUGUUGAAAUAAAUUUAUGCACCACA